AGCAGCCCUUGGGGGGCAGGCAGGCGGGCAGGGGCGGGGGGCUGGUGCCUGCCGGACCGGCCUGGAUGCGCCCUCUGCAGCCGGGCGAGGAUGUGAGCGCGGCCAGUGCGGGCAGGUGUUGACGCCGAUCCAGAGGCACCGUGAGUUUCGCUGAACCGGGGAGGCAACCCAGCCUCUGCCCGCCGUCAGCAUGAAUCCCGGCCCUGGAAUGUCUUUGCUCAUCUCUCUUGUCAACCUCAUCACCUUGCUGCUGAUUGGCUGUGCUGCAGAAAGUCCCCCAGUAUUUAUCAAGACCCCCGUGGACCAGAUCGGGGUCUCCGGAGGGGUGGCUUCCUUCGUGUGCCAAGCAACCGGAGACCCAAAGCCUCGUGUGACCUGGAACAAGAAGGGGAAGAAAGUGAACUCACAGCGGUUCGAGACAAUUGAAUUUGAUGAAGGUGCCGGUGCCGUCCUGCGGAUCCAGCCCCUCCGCACCCCCAGAGACGAGAACAUUUAUGAAUGCAUCGCCCAGAACACUGUUGCUGAGAUCACCGUCACUGCCAAACUCACUGUCUUGAGAGAGGACCAGCUCCCACCCGGCUUUCCAAACAUCGACAUGGGACCCCAGCUGAAGGUGGUGGAACGGACGAGGACGGCUACUAUGCUGUGUGCAGCAAGUGGGAACCCAGAUCCUGAGAUCACGUGGUUUAAGGAUUUUUUACCUGUCCAUCCCAGCGCUAGCAAUGGAAGGAUAAAGCAGCUGAGAUCAGGUGGCCUCCAGAUCGAAAGCAGCGAAGAGACUGAUCAAGGGAAAUACGAAUGCGUGGCUAGCAACAGUGCCGGGGUGCGGUACUCUUCACCUGCAAACCUAUACGUGAGAGAGCUACGAGAAGUUCGCCGUGUGGCCCCUCGUUUCUCCAUCCUUCCUGUUAGCCACGAGAUCAUGCCCGGUGGCAACGUAAACAUCACCUGUGUGGCCGUUGGGUCGCCCAUGCCAUAUGUGAAAUGGAUGCAGGGGGCAGAAGAUUUGACUCCAGAAGAUGACAUGCCAGUGGGCCGGAAUGUUCUGGAGCUAACGGACGUGAAGGACUCUGCCAACUACACUUGUGUAGCCAUGUCUAGUCUGGGCGUCAUUGAAGCUGUUGCACAGAUCACUGUGAAAUCACUUCCCAAGGCACCAGGAACUCCCGUGGUGACAGAGACCACUGCGACAAGCAUCACAAUCACCUGGGACUCGGGGAAUCCUGACCCGGUGUCUUACUACGUCAUUGAGUACAAAUCAAAGAGCCAAGACGGUCCAUACCAGAUCAAAGAAGACAUCACUACCACACGCUAUAGCAUUGGGGGGCUCAGCCCCAAUUCGGAAUACGAGAUAUGGGUGUCGGCCGUGAACACCAUUGGGCAGGGGCCCCCAAGUGAACCUGUCGUGACUCGGACGGGAGAGCAGGCCCCGGCUAGUGCCCCCCGGAAUGUCCAGGGUCGGAUGCUGAGCUCCUCCACCAUGAUCAUCCAGUGGGAUGAGCCCGAGGAACCGAAUGGGCAGAUCCGAGGCUACCGGGUCUACUACACCAUGGAACCGGACCAGCCUGUCAGUAACUGGCAGAAACACAAUGUGGAUGACAGUCUCUUGACCACAGUGAGCAGCCUUCUGGAAGGGGAAACCUACACCGUGCGAGUCCUGGCUUUCACUUCUGUAGGAGAUGGGCCGCUCUCAGAUCCCAUUCAGGUGAAAACGCAGCAAGGAGUUCCUGGACAGCCCAUGAACUUCCGAGCAGAAGCCAAGUCUGAGAGCAGCAUUUUAUUGACAUGGAGUCCUCCCCGCCAGGAAAUGAUAGUGAAGUAUGAGCUCAUCUACAGAGGCGAGAACCAGAAGGAGGUGUCGAAGACCUUUGAUCCCACGUCUUCCUUCGCUGUGAGAGACCUGAAGCCCAACACAGAGUAUGUCUUCCAGCUAGCCGCUCGCUCAGCCUUGGGCCUUGGGGCCUACACCCCGGAGGUCAGGGAGCGCACACUGCAGUCUAAACCGUCCGCCCCCCCUCAAGACGUAAAAUGCGUCAGCAUCAGAUCCACAGCCAUUCUGGUAAGUUGGCGGCCUCCUCCGGCCGAAAGCCAAAACGGAGUCUUGGAUGGCUAUAGUGUCCGCUAUCGAGCCCUGGACUCAGAGGACGUGGAACUGCGAGAGGUGAACAACAUUGCCUCAACAACCAAUCAGAUCCUCCUGGAAUCGCUGGAGAAGUGGACAGAAUACCGCAUCACCGUCACAGCGUAUACGAAAGUGGGACCAGGCCCUGAAAGCCCGCCAGUCGUCAUUCGGACUGAUGAAGACGUGCCUAGUGCCCCACCUCGCAAAGUGGAAGUGGAGGUUCUGAAUUCGACUGCCAUCCAAGUGUUCUGGCGUUCACCAGUCCAGAACCGCCAGCACGGGCAGAUACGUGGCUACCAAGUCCACUAUGUGUGCAUGGAGAACGGAGAGGCCAAGGGCUUGCCUCAGAUCAAGGAUGUGAUGCUGGCUGAUGCUCAGUGGGAAACCGAUGACACUGCGGAAUAUGAAAUGAUCAUCGCUGGGUUGCAGCCAGAGACAGCCUACUCCAUCACGGUCGCUGCCUAUACGAUGAAAGGGGACGGGGCCCGUAGCAAACCCAAGCAGGUUGUGACCAAGGGGGCAGUCCCAGGAAAGCCUAUCCUGUCUGUCCACCAGACUCAAGAAAACAGCCUCCUUGUAAAAUGGGAACCUCCCUUGGAUGCGGAAGGCCAAGUAUUGGGGUACCGCCUGCAGUUUGGCCGCAAAGACAUCGAUCCCUUGGCCACUUUGGAGUUCACAGCAGAGGAGGAUAAGUACACUGCCACCAACAUCCACAAGGGUGCCACUUACAUGUUCAAGCUGGCUGUGAAAAGCCGGGCCGGUUUUGGGGAGGAAGCCCUGCAGGAGCUCACCAUACCGGAAGACGUGCCCAAAGGCUACCCUCAAAUCCUCGAGGCUGGCAACGUCUCCUCCAGAUCAGUGCAGUUCAACUGGUUACCCCCUGUCAUGGCUGAGAGAAAUGGGGUGAUCGUCAAGUAUACUGUGGCCUACCGGGAGGCCGGAUCUUCCGGCAACCCACAGGAAAAAGAACUCCCUCCAUCUCCCGAGAACUCGUACGUGUUGAACGGCCUCAAGCCCAAUACCGCCUAUGAUGUUAAAAUCCGAGCCCACACCAGUAAAGGCCCCGGGCCAUACAGCCCAACUGUCCAAUACCGGACAUUCCUUCUGGACCAAGUUCUGCCCAAAAACUUCAAAGUGAAGAUGGUCACCAAGACAUCCGUUCUCCUGGGAUGGGAGUUCCCUGAAAAUUACAACUCUCCUAUUCCCUACAGGAUCCAGUACGACAAUGGUGGCAAAGACAUUGAGGUGGACGGUCGGGCAACCAAGAAGCUGAUCACCAACCUGAAGCCCCAGACUCACUACCGGUUCAUCCUGACGAACCGUGGGAACACCAUGGGGGGUCUCCAGCAAACUGUGGAUGCCCGGACUGCAGCCAACCUGUUGAGCAGGAAGCCAGAGGUGACCUUUGGGCAUGACCUAGACGGCAACGUGGUAGUGAACCUGGUGGACGCCAAGGGCUCAGACUCCACUGUACAGGCUUAUUUCAUAGUGGUGGUCCCCCUAAAGAAGUCCAGGAGUGGGCAGUUCCAGAACCCAUACAACAGUCCUGACGAAAUGGACUUGGAAGAGUUGAUCCAGGACAAAUCCAGACUGCAGCGCCGCAGCCUCCGUCAUUCCCGCCAGCUGGAGCUCCACAAGCCAUACAUCGCUGCCCGCCUCACCACGCUGCCCAGCCUCUUCACCCUUGGGGAUAUGAAGCACUACAGCGGGUUUGAGAACAAGCCCCUGGAGGCGGGGCAGAAGUAUGUCAUUUUCGUCCUGGCCCUGCUUCGGAAUGCUGAAACUACCUACGCAGCCAGCCCCUUCUCUGACCCAUUCCAGAUAGACAACCCCGACCCCCAGCCAAAGAUCGACGGAGAGGAGGGCUUGAUCUGGGUGAUCGGGCCGGUCUUGGCCGUGGUCUUCAUCAUUUGCAUUGUCAUCGCCAUCCUACUGUACAAAAAUAAACGGAAAGAUUCUGAGCCAAGGAUCAAGUGCAUGCUGAACAACGCCGAAAUCACCCCCCACCACCCAAAAGAUCCCGUGGAGAUGAGACGCAUCAAUUUCCAGACACCAGAUUCUGGUCUGAGCAGCCCUCUCAGUGACCCUGAGUUUGACUUUGAAAGUAUGCUCAACCACCCACCAAUCCCAAUUUCAGAACUGGCAGAUCACACAGAGCAUCUCAAAGCCAACGACAACCUAAAGCUCUCUCAGGAGUAUGAGUCCAUUGACCCUGGUCAGCAGUUCACUUGGGAGCACUCCAACCUGGAGGUGAACAAACCCAAAAACCGGUAUGCCAAUGUGAUCGCCUAUGACCAUUCCCGGGUAAUUCUGCUGCCUAUCGAAGGUUGUUUUGGCCGCUCUGAUGCAGGAAUUGUGGGCAGCGAUUACAUUAAUGCCAACUACAUCGAUGGCUACCGGAAGCAAAAUGCCUACAUCGCUACGCAAGGCCCCCUCCCGGAGACCUUUGGGGACUUCUGGCGCAUGGUGUGGGAGCAGCGUUCCGCUACAGUCGUGAUGAUGACCAAGCUGGAGGAGAAAUCACGGAUAAAGUGUGACCAGUACUGGCCUGGCCGGGGCACAGAGACAUAUGGCAUGAUCCAAGUCACCUUGCUAGAUACCAUUGAGUUGGCCACAUUCUGCGUCCGGACAUUCUCCCUGCACAAGAAUGGCUCCAGUGAGAAACGCGAGGUCCGCCAGUUCCAGUUCACGGCCUGGCCAGAUCACGGAGUCCCCGAGUAUCCGACCCCCUUCCUGGCCUUCCUCAGAAGAGUGAAAACCUGCAACCCUCCCGACGCCGGCCCCAUCGUGGUGCACUGCAGUGCGGGAGUUGGCCGAACAGGCUGUUUCAUUGUGAUUGACGCCAUGUUGGAGAGGAUAAAGCAUGAAAAGACUGUGGACAUUUACGGACACGUGACACUCAUGCGGUCACAGCGGAACUACAUGGUGCAGACGGAAGACCAGUACAGCUUCAUACACGACUCCUUGCUAGAAGCCGUCGCCUGCGGAAACACAGAAGUUCCUGCUCGGAAUCUGUACACCUACAUUCAGAAGUUGGCACAGAUCGAAGUUGGAGAGCACGUCACAGGCAUGGAACUGGAGUUCAAGAGACUUGCCAACUCCAAAGCCCACACUUCAAGGUUCAUCAGCGCCAACCUCCCAUGCAACAAGUUCAAGAACCGCCUUGUCAACAUCAUGCCAUACGAGACCACACGGGUUUGCCUCCAGCCUAUCCGGGGAGUGGAGGGCUCCGACUACAUCAACGCCAGCUUUAUCGAUGGGUACAGGCAACAGAAAGCAUACAUCGCCACCCAGGGGCCAUUGGCAGAAACCACAGAGGACUUCUGGCGCAUGCUCUGGGAGAACAAUUCUACCAUUGUGGUGAUGCUGACCAAACUUCGAGAGAUGGGUCGGGAAAAGUGCCAUCAAUACUGGCCAGCAGAGAGGUCCGCGAGGUACCAGUACUUUGUGGUGGACCCCAUGGCCGAGUACAACAUGCCUCAGUACAUCCUCCGGGAGUUCAAGGUCACCGAUGCCAGGGACGGGCAGUCGCGGACUGUCCGCCAGUUCCAGUUCACCGACUGGCCGGAGCAAGGCGUGCCAAAAUCUGGGGAAGGCUUUAUUGAUUUCAUCGGGCAGGUACACAAAACCAAGGAGCAGUUUGGACAAGAUGGCCCGAUUUCUGUCCACUGCAGUGCGGGCGUGGGGAGGACCGGCGUCUUCAUCACGUUGAGCAUCGUGCUGGAAAGGAUGCGCUACGAGGGAGUGGUGGACAUUUUCCAGACAGUGAAGAUGCUGCGGACACAAAGGCCUGCCAUGGUGCAGACGGAGGAUGAAUAUCAGUUCUGUUAUCAAGCAGCGCUGGAAUACCUGGGCAGUUUUGAUCACUAUGCAACAUAAAAAAAACAAACACACAAAAAGCCAUCCAUCUUGCGGACUCUUUUACCACUUAAAGUACCGGAAGGCCCCUUCCCAGCUGGAGAGGUGAGCUUGACCUUUUUAAAACACACACACACAAAAACUGGAUCAGAAAAACAUUUCCUUUUUUAUUUUCGUUUUCCAUUUUGGACACUCCAGUGGGGAAAAGAGGAGCAAGCCAGGAAGUAGUUGAGGAAAAAAUAUACUCACACCCCCUAUGGCUCCGGGACCCCCUGUGGCGUUUGUUUUGGGGUUGGUUUUUCCUUUUUCUUUUCAAGAGCCUGGACCGCAAAGCAGGGAGGCGGUUCAGGAAGAAGGCUCCUUUUUAAGUGGCGAACUUGUUCUUACCUCAUUGGUGUUCACGGUGCAGAAGUGACAGCAGCGCGUGGACAGCGCGGAACUGAUCCAAACACUUAAUGAAACUUUUUUUAGCAAUGAGAAAAUACCCUUGAGCCCCCCAUGCACCCACCUUGGAAAACAGCAGCCUGGUUUGGGACAAAAGCUGAGAGAGGCUAGAGAAAGAUCGCCGAGGAAAGGAUUGGACCAUGGCAAUGAGGUUAUUGUUGUAGGCUUCAGUUUACAUACUAAUCUAGUUGGAAAAAUCUUUAAAGGAAGUCACUUGCAGGUUUGCCAAAGGUCCGGGUGGGGAGACAAGACACACACAGAAACACAGUGAAUUACUUCACACCAAACGAAUGCAUCAUAAAAGAAUUGCCUGGGGGAAAAUCUCUGUCCUUCUGCAGGACUCAGGGUGUUUUUGCCACCAUGCAAGAGAGGGUGUGUCUCUGCCCCCUCCACCCGUUUCCAUAGCUCAUCCUUUCAAUACUUGGAACAUUCCUUGUGUAUUCAGAUUCCUCAGUUUUCUGUGCCAGAAAGCAAAACCAUCAUGCAAUAAGGAGUCUCUAGGGACCCGAAACACAGGAUCUUGAAAAUGGGGGUGGAGCAUCUUUUUUUCUAUACACUCUCCCCCUGGCAACCCCCCCCCCCAUCUCCCUGUGUUCUGAUUAUUUUUGGUUCAUUCCCGCUUACCUCCCCUUUUCCAAUGCAAGGUACGAAAUGUGUUUUGUUAUUAAGGAAAGGAAUCCUCCACUCAAACUGCGGGUUCCCACUUGCAUAUCAAAAUGAACUUUCCCAACCACAGAUUUUAGUGGGCACGUCCCUCCUUCUCCCCCCAAUGCCAAAGAGGAAAAUGGCAGAUUUUAGAGAGAGCGCCCCGCGUGGGGGAGGGGUGUACUCAGCAAGGGGAGGCAACCUGUACUGCGAGCAGGACUAGACCGAAGCAGAGAUAAACGGCCGGAGGAGAUACCUGCAAGCAGCUUUCUUUAAAGCUAUUGAUGUAACUUAGCAAGUGACAUUAUUUUUUGUUGCUUUUUUUUCAAAUAGUGUAUUUUUUUUCCUUUUUAAAAAUAUGUAAAAAAAUUACAAAAGAUAUCAGUCAAUGAAUUUACAAAAAAAUUACUUAUUUGUUCAUAUUCUGUUCAAAGACAAGUCUAUUUUUUCACUGUAGAAAUGUUAUGUGUAAUGGCUGUGGUACAUGAGAGACGCAUCAUGCGGAAGAACACUACUUUACAUACUGCUUUUUUUACCAUUUUAAAAAAAAGUUUAAUCUGCUCAUGUAUGGACAACAACAAAAAAUGUUGCUGCUUUUUAUAUUUCUUUCCCCCCUUUCAAAAAAGGCGUACCAAGUUUUUGGAAGGUGUCAGGUUGGAGGAGUGGGUGUGGGAAAAGUCCCUUCCCUUCUCCUCUGGGCAUCAUGUCUGUACGCCCGUUCAGCAAAGGACCAAUGGCAAGAGGGGAGAUUACAUUUAGAUUGCUGUGUUUUAUGGGAAAUACUGGGAUUUCAGAGCCACACCAGAAAGUGGAGAGCCAGAGGAGUGGGGCACCCUGGGGUGGCGGAGGGGGGACUACCCCGAAGGUUCUCUCUGGCAGCCAAGCAUGAGCCCACUCAGGCCACUUGGAAUGCAGCUCCCCAGCCCUAUGGGCGCGCAUCUCCCCUGUCAAGAAACACCCUGUUGAUAGCAGGCUUCUCAGGCCCCCAUCCCAGGCGGGAAUGCUGGACUCAAGUCGGUGGGCCAGGAUUUGUGGGGUUUUUGGAUCAAACAAUGUGUUAUCUUUGCUGUCCUGUUUGUCUGGGGGGCAUUCUUUUCCCAGUGUAGCUUUUUCAAGGAAGGGAGAGGCCGAGGAGCUCUCAGACCCCUUUCCCUGAGGCUAAAAGGCACUUGGAGCUGUUUGUACCCCACAUGGUGGGGGGGAGGAGAAAUGACAGCCCUGGGAUUGUGACAGGAGGAAAAGAUUCACACACAUCCCUUUCCAAAGGCAGCACCAACAUAACGUGCAGUCUGGAUGUAUGAAACCGAGGUUCGAAUCCCUGCUCAGCCUUAAUAUUACUGGGUGGCCUCAGGCCAGUCACUCUCUCUCAGCCUACCCUACCUCGCAGGGACGUUGUGAGGAUAACGUGUGACCCUCCGCCCUCUCCAGCUCUUCUGAGGACAAUAUGGCACGGAGGAGGGGGCAGAAUGUCGGUGUUGUUUGUACCCUGUUUCCACACUCACCGUGUGUUCUCUGGAUUACAGCUGAGCCCCCACCUUUGACAAUAUAAAAGGUACUGAAAUAACCCCCCAAGAGGGGCCAUUGAUUUAUAUCACUCCUCACUUUUGUUACUUUCCAGAGGGGUUUUCACACAACCGGGGGAGAGGGUGUAGAGCGAAACCCACCUCAGUUGCUUACUCCAGGUACACCAAGAGGUUCUUUAAGUACAACGUAGAGGAAGGUCAGCAUUUGGGAGGUGGAGAAGCAGGCAGGGGUUACAAACCCCUUUUUAAAUUUCUUUCCCCUUUUUAAUUUUUUCUUUUCCUCCCUCCUUUGUAUGAAAGCAAAGCCCCUGUUGCUCUCACACUGUUAUUUCCAAACGAAAACAGUUUAAAGUGGUUACUCGGACCACGGUGUAUGUAGAUAUAUAUAUUGACUUUGUAUUAAAGGAAGAUUGUCUGAAAAAAAAA